AUGUGCUGGGCUGGCAGGAUGGUGCUGGGCACCCUCAGCAUCCUGCUGGGUCUUGUCCAGGCAGCAGCAGCCUGCGAGUUUGGGCCCUUUCCCUACAGAAGCACCGGGAUCGUCUGCAGGAUGACCAAGCCCGCGGCAUUGCUGUUGAACAGGGAAACAGCCCAGGUGAUCCAGGCAGCCUUCAGGAACGCCCAGUUCCCAAACAUCACCGGGGAAAGGUCCAUGAGGCUGCUGGGCAGGGUGGCCUAUGGGCUCAGUGGCAUCCAGGUCAAUGACUUGUCCAUCGAGAGGAGCCAGGUGGAGCUCAGGGAGGACAAUGCCAUCCACAUCUCCAUCAGGAACGUGACAGCCUUGUUCAAAGGGACUCUGACCUACGGCUACGCCGGCGCCUGGUUCUUGCAGCUUUUCCAUUCAGUUGAUUUUGAAAUUGAGUCUUCCAUUGACCUCCAGCUAAAUAUCAAUCUGAUGUGCCAAAAGGACCAAGUGGCUCCUGACGCUUCAGACUGCUACUUGACUUUCCACAAACUCACACUCCACCUCCAAGGAGACAAGCAACCUGGCUGGCUGAAGCAGCUCUUCACAGAUUUCAUCUCCUUCACUCUGAAGCUUGUCCUCAAGAGGGAGGUGUGCAAGGAAAUAAAUACUGUUGCUCAGACACUGACAAAUUACAUACUUGAUUUAGCAGCCAAUUUUGUCCGGGACGGGGACAUCGCUGUCGAUAUCUCCCUUGCAUCAGAUCCUGUCAUAAAAGCAACAUACAUAGAGUCCUACCACAAGGGCAUUGUGCUGUACAGGAACAGCUCCAGCAGGCUCAGUGACUCUGUUUUCUCCCCAUCCCUGCUGACUGAGUCCAGGAUGCUUUACUUCUGGCUGUCCGAGCACAGCCUCAGCUCCCUGGCUGCUGCAGCCUUCCUGGAGGGGCAGCUGGUGCUGAGCCUCAGAGGGGAGAAACUCCAGGAGCUGUUUGAGAUGGAAGACUCAGAAGUGCAGAGGAAGGCAGUGCAGAUGAUUUUCCAAGGCACCUCCUACAAUGACUCUGUGGCCAAGGUGUGGAGCCUCAGCCAGCCCCAGAUUUCCUUCCAGCCCGAAGGGACCAUUGUGAGGUCCCUGGUAGCAGUGGAGAUCAGAAUCCUGCUGGCAGGAGAGGAGCCCCUGGUGGCCCUGUACAUGGAGAAGGAAAUCACAGCCACCAUCCAGGCUACCUAUGCAGACAAGAAACUCAUUUUGCAGCCUGUGGACUCCAGUGUAGUGAUUAAAGUGUUUAAAUGCACAGCUGAUCCAAGUGGGGAGGACCCAUCCAUACAAAGCUUCCUGCAGAAUAUGAUCUUGGCUGCUGGCAUUCCAGAAGUAACUUCAAGUAUUGGAUCAGCUCUGACCUCCCUGCUGAACAGCAAAAGGCUUGAUCUCUUUGACAUCAUAAACCCUGAGAUCAUUACCCGAGAGGGAUAUGUAAUUGUGCAGCUUGACUUUGGCUUCCCGAGUCAUUUGCUUCUUAAUUUUCUUGAGAAAAGUUUGUAGAGCUCAUCCCUUCACCGAGGAGCACAGGAACUUGUGUACAACCAGAAAAAUUGUGUCUGCACCAAUUAAAAGAUGAGCUGCUUUAAAU